UCUUGUUGUGAAUUAUGGCCUUUUUUUCUUGGCUUUAGACUUCACACUAACAAAUUAAAAAACCCAUUUAAAAAGCUACCCUUUUCUUCUCUCUACAUCAAUUUCGACCUGCUUGUUUCACUCUCAUUCCUUUUUAUCUGCCCAUUAAUAGACCCAUCGAGAGAAGCUCACUCCCACUAGUUAAUUCUAUCAAGCUCAGCUCUCUCUCUCUCUCUCUCUCUCUCUCAUCAUCUCUGUGAAACUUACAAGAAUAUCUUUGGCUUUUUGAGAUGAAAAUGGGUGGUUGCUGGUUUGGCUGGAAACCAUCUUUCAACAGAGUAUCCUCCCAUGCAAAGCCAGUAAACGGAACUUCAGAGAAGAAACGAGGAAAAGAUGAUCACAAAAUGCCUUCGAAUCCUAAAGAAGUCGAGGACUUGCGUCAGAAUGCAACAACAAAUCCUCUCGUAGCAUUCACUUUCAAUGAGCUCAAGGCAAUUACAGGCAAUUUCAGGCAGGAUAAUAUUUUAGGGGGAGGAGGAUUUGGAAAUGUUUAUAAAGGAUUUAUUCCUGAAGAUUUAAGAGAGGGCCUGCAACAUAGUCAAGUAGCGGUUAAGGUUCAUGAUGGUGAUAAUAGUUGUCAAGGUCAUAGAGAAUGGCUGGCUGAAGUUAUUUUCCUUGGGCAACUUUCGCAUCCGAAUUUAGUAAAAUUGGUCGGAUAUUGUUGCGAAAAGGAACACCGUGUGUUAAUAUAUGAGUACAUGCCUCGUGGUAGUGUGGAAAACAAUCUCUUUUCAAGUAAUUCCGCUGCCCUUUUCUCAUACGAAAAAUAUUUUAUUUUGUUUUCCUUAGUUGACACUUUUCUAUCAAAUGUAGGAGUAUUGCUUCCUCUUCCGUGGUCAAUUCGCAUGAAAAUUGCAUUUGGAGCUGCAAAGGGGCUAGCAUUCCUCCAUGAAGCUGAGAAGCCAGUCAUUUAUCGUGAUUUUAAAACGUCUAAUAUUUUGCUAGAUCAGGAAUAUAAUGCGAAACUUUCUGAUUUUGGCCUGGCCAAGGAUGGGCCAGUUGGUGACAAAUCUCAUGUUUCAACUCGGAUUAUGGGAACUUAUGGAUAUGCUGCACCUGAAUACAUUAUGACUGGUCAUCUGACUGCUAGGAGCGAUGUGUACAGCUUUGGAGUUGUUCUUCUAGAACUCUUAACAGGAAGGAAGUCAUUAGACAAAUCGCGUCCAGUUCGUGAGCAGACGCUCACUGACUGGGCCCUACCUCGCCUUACAGAGAAGAAGAAGAUUCUAGGGAUCAUAGACCCUAGGCUUGAUGGAGAUUACCCCGUCAAAGGUGUGCACAAGGCUGCAAUGCUAGCUUAUCAUUGCCUUAACCGCAAUCCUAAGGCCAGACCUCUGAUGAGAGACAUCGUUGAUUCCUUAGAGCCGCUUCAAGCGACUGAAGAACUUCGGUUUGGUGUUUUACGAUGAAGAAUGGGAGGAUGUUGGUUAUAGUUGUCAAUUGUAGGUUUGCAGAUAAGACCCCCUCUGCUAUUGCUAGGCUGAAUUUACUUACUACCCCUGUAAUUCUACUGUUGCAAAUAGCUCCCUUGAGUGAAAAUUUAUUGACCCUUUUCAAAGGUCUAUCUGUAACAACAGAUUUUCACCUAGGGUUAUAUCUGCAACAGUAGAUUCCUUUUGAAAGUUUUUUACCCUUUUCAAUGAGAAAUUCUUACCUACUCAUGGAGUAGACAAGAUGCCUACACCCGUCCGAUAGGAAGGGACAAUGUGGCACUAGAGGACGGAAUGUGACAUCACAUUCUCCCCUCUUGUGGUAUAUGCCCCCCCUCCUAUUGGAGAGGUGUAGGCACUUAGGUGCUCCCUAAGAAUUUCUCCUUUUCAAGGGUCUAUCUACAACAAUAGAUUUUCACCUAGUGAUACAUCUGCAGCAACAGAACUCUGCAAGGGGCCUAUCUGCAACAAUAGAACUACAUUGGUAGGAAGUUCAAAUUUGGCGAUAGUACAGACGGUCUAUCCAUAAUUAACCCUUGAUUGUAUAAUGCUCACCUUGUGAAGAGGUUUAUGCCUGAAUGGAUUAGACUCAGGUUUGAGAUA